AAAACUGACUGACUGACUGACUGACUCAGAGGAGGGGGAGAGUUUUACGACAGUACGGACCGGAGGAAGACACGGGAGCGUGGCUGUACAGGGACACCCGAGCAAAUCCGACCGUACACAGCACGCAGAAAUGGCGGAGCACCACGCAGUCAGCGACGGCAAGCACAAAGCGUCCGCCAAUGCCGGGAGCUCGGUGCACGGGAACAGCAGACCCGGCGCCGCGGCUGCAGGAGGAGGAGGAGGCAGCAGCAGCAGCAGCAGCAAAGGAGGCCUGUCUGGCGGACUGACACAACCAGCAGGGUGGCAGUCUUUACUCUCCUUUAGCAUCCUUUUUCUGGCCUGCCUGGCCGGUUUCAGCUCCAGACUUUUCGCGGUGAUCCGGUUCGAGAGCAUCAUCCACGAGUUUGAUCCCUGGUUCAACUACAGAUCAACACACCAUCUCACCACAAAUGGCUUCUACGAGUUUCUAAACUGGUUCGAUGAAAGAGCCUGGUACCCUCUGGGCAGGAUUGUUGGUGGCACGGUAUAUCCGGGGUUAAUGGUGACUGCGGGCCUCAUCCACUACGUGCUCAACCUGCUCCACAUCACCGUCCACAUUCGCGAUGUGUGCGUCUUCCUGGCGCCGGUGUUCAGCGGCCUGACCGCCAUCUCCACCUUCCUGCUGACACGCGAGCUGUGGAACCAGGGCGCAGGACUGCUGGCGGCCUGCUUCAUAGCCAUCGUCCCAGGCUACAUCUCCCGCUCUGUCGCCGGCUCAUUUGACAAUGAGGGCAUCGCCAUCUUCGCCCUGCAGUUCACCUAUUACCUCUGGGUGAAAUCAGUGAAGACAGGCUCGGUGUUUUGGACUAUUGGCUGUUGCCUCUCAUAUUUCUACAUGGUGUCAGCAUGGGGAGGCUACGUGUUUAUUAUCAACCUGAUUCCCCUGCAUGUGUUUGUGCUGCUGCUGAUGCAACGCUACAGCAGAAGAGUCUACAUCGCUUACAGCACUUUCUACAUUGUGGGUCUCGUACUGUCGAUGCAGAUCCCCUUCGUUGGCUUCCAGCCAAUCAGGACGAGCGAGCACAUGGCUGCAGCUGGUGUAUUUGCACUUCUCCAAGCCUACGCCUUCCUGCAGUACCUGAAGGACAGGCUGACCAAACAGGAAUUCCAGACACUUUUCUUCCUCGGAGUGUCUCUAGCUGCUGGCGUUGUCUUCCUCACAGUGAUCUAUCUCACAUACACAGGAUACAUCGCUCCGUGGAGUGGUCGUUUCUACUCUCUCUGGGACACCGGCUACGCUAAGAUCCACAUCCCCAUCAUAGCAUCUGUGUCAGAGCACCAGCCGACGACGUGGGUCUCCUUCUUCUUUGACCUCCACAUCCUGGUCUGCACGUUCCCAGCGGGCCUCUGGUUCUGCAUCAAGAACAUCAAUGACGAACGAGUGUUUGUUGCUCUUUACGCCAUCAGUGCCGUGUAUUUCGCCGGCGUGAUGGUGCGUCUGAUGCUGACACUGACUCCAGUGGUGUGCAUGCUGUCAGCCGUGGCUUUCUCCAGUGUGUUUGAGCACUACAUGGGAGACGACACAAAGAGGGAGAAACCCCCGGCCGAGGACAGCAGCGACGAGGACGACAAGAGGAACUCUGGGAAUCUCUAUGACAAGGCCGGAAAGGUGCGCAAACAUGUGUCAGAGCAGGAGAAAGCAGAGGAGGGCUUGGGUCCAAACAUCAAGUCCAUAGUCACCAUGCUCAUGUUGAUGCUGCUCAUGAUGUUCGCUGUCCACUGCACCUGGGUCACUAGCAACGCCUACUCCAGUCCCAGCGUGGUGCUCGCCUCGUACAACCACGACGGCACGCGUAACAUCCUGGAUGACUUCAGGGAGGCGUACUACUGGUUGAGACAGAACACAGACGAGCAUGCACGCGUCAUGUCGUGGUGGGAUUACGGGUACCAAAUAGCAGGGAUGGCCAACAGGACUACACUAGUAGAUAAUAACACAUGGAACAACAGUCAUAUAGCACUGGUGGGGAAAGCCAUGUCAUCCAAUGAGAGCGCGGCCUACAAAAUCAUGAGGUCGUUGGACGUGGACUACGUGCUGAUCAUCUUCGGAGGUGUAAUAGGUUACUCGGGCGACGAUAUAAACAAGUUCCUGUGGAUGGUGAGGAUAGCAGAGGGAGAGCACCCUAAGGACAUCAGGGAGAGCGACUACUUCACCCCUCAGGGAGAAUUUAGAGUGGACAAGGCCGGUUCACCCACUCUGCUCAACUGCCUCAUGUAUAAGAUGUCCUAUUACCGAUUUGGUGAAAUGCAGCUGGACUUCCGGACGCCGCCUGGUUUCGACCGGACACGCAACGCCGAGAUUGGCAACAAGGAUAUUAAGUUCAAGCACCUGGAGGAGGCCUUCACCUCAGAGCACUGGUUGGUCCGGAUCUACAAGGUCAAGAAUCUGGACAACAGGGAGCCGCUGGACCACAAGCUUCGUAGCGUGGUGCCAAAGCAGAAGUACACCUCCAAAAAGACUGCCAAGAGGAAGCGAGGACACAUCAAGAACAAGCUCGCCCUGAGAAAAGGCAAGAAGCUACAAAAAAAAUAACCAUGACGAACUCCUCUAGGAAAACAAAUUAAUGCGAAGAAACCUCUUAACAACCAAUGAAGAAGAACACAGCAGGGGCCAUUUAUCCGGCACUUGGUCUCAAGCGCUUCUCUUUAGAGCGCCCCCGUGUGUUGAGGAAGUUGAAGUGUCAUAUCUGGCUCGCUCCAGGACUGUUUUCUGUUUUAAUCCCUGAGGACCUUUGUCUUGCUUAUUUUCUCCUGUUUUUGUUUUUUCUGUUGUUUUUUUUUUACUUUGUAUUUGAAUGUGUGGCAAGGCAUAGGGCUGCUCUACUUGGUUUUGGCGUCGAUUCAACUUUCUUUUCUUUUUUUAAAUUUUUUUGCGGUACAUUUAAUUAACUGCUUAUCCAGUACAGGGGGGAUCGGGUGACGGGGGGAAAAGAGAAAUAAGACUUAGGAACAUUUUGCACCAAAGACCCAUUGACCCUGACCUUGCUCCAUGGCACAUGUGAACUCAUUAAUGAGAGUGAGGAAGCGCAGGAGUUGAAAGCAGAGGACUUGUUCCUGACACGUGUACAGAGGAGCGUAUGCGGUAUGGAGGAACGUCACUGUCUAGGCACAGCCCACCUGUAAUAUUAACCUUUUUAACCAUCACCAUCUCCUUUAUGUCUGCCUGACCCCCUGUCUUUCUUUUUCCAACAAAUUCUUUAGAAAAAAAAAAGUCAAAUUGGCCUAAUAUGUAAAUAUGUUAUGUAAAGAAAAUGACUAAAAAGGAUUAUAAUAUAUUGGAUUAUUGUGGUGAUUUUUAAAUAUGCAGUUUUUUUGUUAGUUUUUUUUCUCUUAAUUUCAUUUAUGUGAUUGUUUUUGUUUUUUUAUGACAACAACUAGAACAGCGAAUGCAAUAAUUCUUGUACAGAGGGGCUUGAGAUUUUGUUGAAAGAAUGAAUGUGAAUUUUUACAAUGCCCCCACCUGCCCACCUUACCUGACCCCACCCAA